GCCCUGGCCAACCCAGGCCUAAGCCCUAAGAGAAAGAUCAGUCAGUCCUUAAUCACUCACCACAAGAUUUGUUCAAGCAAGGAAUCUAGUGACACCAGGCCAGCUUCAUCUCAGCUGACUUCACCAGCUCAAUCCUGAAUCUGAAUGUCUCUGAGCUCCUUUUUCAAGGGAAUUUUCUCCUCUGUCACCUCCCCUAAGUUCUUCCAUCUACCAAUCACAGUAGACGUUUUUCAAAGGACAGACCAUUCUUAGUUCACACCUAAGAAGGCUUAAAUUUUUGAUUAAGUUCACACCCGAAAACUUCUGAGUAAGUUUCUCACCUCUUUGCUCCUAGUAAGUUCACAAGUUGCCUGACCCUUAUAGGUACUUAGCACCCUUUUGUAUUAGAUCCAAAAAUAGGCAUAGCUUGAGAACUUUUUGUCUUACUCUAAGUAUGGGUUUAAGUGCUUUUCAUUGUUCAGCAAAGAGUUUACAACUUUAUCUCCCCCUAAGGCCUGCUUAAGGAUGGUGAAGUAGAGUUCUCACAUUCCUGAUCAAGUACCUUCACUGCCCAAAUGGGGAAUGGUCUUAACCCAACCUCAUGAAGUAGGGUCUGGGAAUGUUUAAGGUUCACACCCCUCUAGGGUAAGCCGAGGGUUCCAGGGCUCCAGAUCCACUCUAACCCUCUCACUGUCCAGGACUAGUCAGGGAGAGUCAGGCCCAGAGCAUGGAGAUCAUGCUGGGCCAAAGGCACCUCAGGGAGAGCAACAGCCUGUAGCCCGGCUCUCCAGAGUCCCUUUAUAGGGGGACCUGGUGGCUCCUGGAGGUUCCCCUGAAAAGGCGAAGGGAGCCUGGGGAGGCUGCAACAGCCUCAAGCUACAGCCCUGCUGAAAGACUUCAGAGCUUUCCCCAGAGCCCCUGCCUAGAAUGUGGGCUGCCUGUCCUUCCCUCUCCAGAGCUAGCUGAGCAGCGGGCCUUGGGCUUUGGCUCUGAGCUCUGCAGGAAAGGCCCCGGGGUGCCUCCUGAUCGGGUGCCCCCCCCAAACCCUCCCCACCCCCUUUGUGGCCAGGGGCUGGAGAGGGCCUUCCUCCGGGGUGCUGCCCCCUUCUUCCUUGUCUUGCCUUGCGUGGGACCCGGGGAAUGCUGCCAGCUGGCCCCCCCUGACCCUCCUGACCCAUGCAUGAGGUCACAAUGGGGGCCUCCUGGCUGUGUUACGCCUGCGAGGCUGCCCCUUCUUAGCUCAGCUGUCCCAGAGAGCCAUAGCCAGUCUGCCCUCCCCACAGAGAGUAUCCUGGCCCUCCUCCAGCAGCCCCCUCCACCCCCACCCCAGAGCCCUGAUCUUCAGGCGCACCGAGACUCCCUGAGCCCAAUGAAACCCCGGAAACCCUCACCAGGUGGGGCCCCGGCCUGGGGGGCUGCAGGGAUGCAGGGGAGCCCGCGGGGGCCGGCCAGCCCCCAGCUCGGGCCUGCUUCCUCCCUGCUCGCAGUUGUUCUGCCCGGAGAGCUCCACCUGCCGGAAGGGGAAGUGGAAGAGGAACUGUCCUUCCCGCUGUGCUUCCCCAAGCCUGGCCCGCUGCAGAGAGCCCUGGCGGAGGGCAACUACCCGCCCCUCGGGCCAUUCACGGCCAUGUUUGAGAGUGACUUUGUCCAGGUGACCCCAGGCAGGCCGGUGGGCCCGGCUGGGGGAGGACGGAGGAGGGCUGGGAGGCGGCGGGGGGCCAGUGAGGGGGUGGCAGGAGGCCGUGGGGGGCGGGGGGCUGUGGGGGAUGGCAGGGGUGGUGGGGGGAGGGGCGGUGGGGAUCGGCAGGCGUUGGUCAGGGUGCUCCCGGCUGCCCCGCCCCGCCCUCCCCAGGUCACCAACAAGGGGGAGCCUGUCUUCCUGCACAAGAAGGAGAACCCGGUGACCAUGGCGGUGGCCUCCUCCUUCCCGGGGCUCCUGCUCCCGGACCUCGUCCUGCUGGCCCGGCCCGUCCAAAGCAAGAAGCAGCCUCCGCGGCUGGAGCUCACCAGGCUGCUGCCGGCACACCUGGUCCGCCUGUUUGUCCACAGCGAGGCCGGAUGGAGGCUGAAGCUCCGCCUGGCCUCCGGCCGCAGUUUCUACCUGAGGCUGGUGGCCGAGCCGGCCGAGGGCUGCCUCCUGUUCAACCUCUGGCGCUUCCUGAUCUUCCUGAUGCAGGGGCCCAUCGCGGCCUGGGCCCGGAGCCCUGACGAGCAGGCCGCCCAGGACGAGAGCGCCCCGAUGUCCGCAGCGGGUGAGAAAACCCUCCUCCUGCCUCCUGCCCCGGCGCCUCCGCCUGGCUCUGGGUUUCUGAGGCCCUUCUGGUCCCUCCACAGAGGCCCCCCCCAAACGGAAGGAGGUGGCCUUCCCUCCCCAGUAUCCCGUCCCGAGGACCAAGGGGAGCCCGGGCUGGACCUGGGACAAAGCACUGCACUACCCUGGGCCGCUCUCCCAACUGAUGGACCAGCAGACCACCCCGGCCCUCCCGGAAGUGAUGUUGAGAGCGGAAGCCGCCCCCAUGCCCUCCGGGUCCCAGCAGAAGCUCCCAGUCCUGAAAGAAGAGGAGCGGAAAUCAGAGCCCACCCUUUUCAGGAGGAGCACCCCGGGGAGCCUAGUGGAAGUGGAAGUGCUUCCUCUGGAUGUGGAUACCAUCUUUCUCACAUGUCCCUCUGAAUAGUUGUGGAUGAUUGCAUUGCUGCUAGUAGAGAAGUCCAUUACAUUUGAUUGUGCCACAGUGUAUCCGUCUCUGUGUACAAUGUUCUCCUGGUUUUGCUCCAUUCACUCUGCAUCAAUUCCUGGAGUCGUUCCAGUUCACAUGGAAUCCCUCCAGUUCAUUAUUCCUUUGAACACAAUAGUAUUCCAUCACCAGCAUAUACCACAAUUUGUUCAGCCAUUCUCCAAGGAGAGAAUUGGAACUCAAAAAAAAUUUUUUUAAACAAAUGUUAAAAUGUUUUCACGUGUAACUGAGGAAAAGAAAAUAAAACUGGAAUAAAAGGCAUCGAUAUAACCUUUAAAAAAUGACAGGUUAAACAAGGUCACAAAUAUUCACCAAUUCAGAAAAUAAGGAAACCAUGUGUCAUGCCUGACCCCAGUGUAAGAUUUUUCAUUUUCUGCCCCAGCUGAAGGACUAACGAAUGAUCACAGUAUGAGGGAGUAUAUAUUAGCUGGUCAUCUCUUUUCUAGAGGAGAACAUGAAGAGACUUGAGGAAUGCCUCUCCCCACUCCAGAUCACUGGGGACAAUGAAGCAUUCUGAAGGGAAAGAUAAGCAAGGCUCAGAUGGCAAAGAAAUUCUCUGAGGUGGAAGAGGGGAGAAAUGACUCAUAUCAGAAGGCUACACAACAGUUCCAUAGAGGAUGAAAGGAAGGAAUGGGACACUUGCUUGGUCAGAAUUCAAUGGAGAGCUGAGGUUCUUCCUGGAGAGGACGCUGGGUGCUCUGAGGAGGAAGCGAGGGCUUGUCCUCCAAAGAAUGAUAGCAGAGAGCCCCAGCAGCUGCCAGGGAAGGCAUCCUUCCGGAAGGGUUAAAAAAAAAGAAGUUAUAAUUGGUGACUCCCAGCUCAGGGAUACCAAGGCUGCUGAUAAGGAGCCGGAUACAGUCAAGAGAUAACAGAGACCCUCCCAAGGUUUCUCAGAAUGGGCGACAAUGACCUUCUUCUGGGCAUUUCAAUGAACACUGAUGUUAUUAGUUCCACAAGGAACCUAAGAAGGUCUGCCAAAGAUGGCAAGAAAUGAAGGACUAGACUUGGGGGCAAAAGCUGCAUCUUCUUCCCUUCAAAGUAUGUGAGUCCCUCACACUCUGUAUGAAAGGGGAUCCUUUUCAGUCAGUCUCACUCCCUGGAGCAGGGGUCCCCAAACUAUGGCCUGUAGGUCACAUGUGGCCCCCUGAGGCCAUGUAUCCGGCCCCCACUGCACUUCCAGAAGGGGCACUUCUUUCAUUGGUGGUUAGUGAGAGGAGCACUGGAUGUGGCGGCGCCACAAAGCAUGGCUUUGUACAGUACUACUUCCAGUGACAUAAUCCUUUGCGUGGCACCUUAGAACUAGGCACCAUGCAAAGCAUUAUGUAGCUGCACAGUGGAAGACGUCAGCAUGGUGAGCAGUGACCUGGGGGAGGGAAUUCCGCACUGUGUAUACUGCUGCCCGGUUAGGGUUAGUAUAAGGACCGGCGUGCAGUCCCUAUAUAUUUUUACCUGUGGGUAAUCACCUGAGAAGGAGAAGGGAGAUUAAGGAAAUGGGUGAAUAAUAAAGACUCAGAGACAACAAGUUCAAACAGAUGGGGAGUGGCGCGAUCUCCGUGAAUAUUUCCCUUGGAUAAUUAAUUAAAGGGAAACGUGAGGACUAAGAAAACACGUGGGGAGUCACAACUCCUUAAUGCCUCCUAUGGACAAGAGAGUCCAUGCAUUAAUAGGAAGCAUUGGGGUGACAGCAUCUUGAGGAUCAGCAGGAAAAGAUGGGACAGAGAAGUCAGAAGGUCCAGAAAAGUAAGAGAGAGAUUCGCGCUUGUUCCCCAGUAUUUAUUGGAGGUUUUAGGAAUGUGGAUUAGGAGGAGAUCAAUGCAUAGGUAACAUGGCAAAGGUCUUAACAUUGGUUGAAUUGACAAUGACUGAAUCAAAGAGGUGGAGAUUAAUCUGUGUGGGACUGAUCUCUUUUCUUUGCCUCAGCUAUCUAAGGGCUUGGGCCUUUGGCCCAGCCUAAGGAGAGGGGGCAUUUAAGUCGUGUUCCCUUCUCCCCCCCCCCUCUCUCUCUCUCUCUCUCUCUCUCUCUCUCUCUCUCUCUCUCUGCCUCUCUCUCUCUCUCUCUCGCUUUCUCUCUCUCGCUCUCUCUCUCUCGCUCUCUCUCUCUCUCUCUCUCUCUCUCUCUCUCUCUCUCUCUCUCUCUCUCUCUCUCUCUCUCUCUCAUACCUUUCUUCCUCCUGUUUGUAAAUAAAAACUCCAAAAAGGUGACUGCUGACUUGAGUUUUCAUUUAGGAAUUACACAGCUGAAUUGCUUGGCGACCUUAAAUUAAUAUAUAUCAGUCUUUUAAAGUG